AUGGAAAAUAUAGUGAAUAACUCCGCCUCAUCUGCCCUGCAGGACGGGGUGCCAGAAACUGAUUCAAAAAAGCAAGGUGUUAACAAGUAUAAGGUGUUAACUUUUGGAUUAUUUGUAAUUGUUAUCAUUCUUGUUCCCUUAAUUAUAUGUGGAAAAUACAGACCUUCUACUCAGUAUUUUUGCCCAGAUGGUUGGAUUGGUUUUCAAAAGAAUUGCUAUUAUUUCUCUAAACAAGAAGGGGAUUGGAAUUCAAGUAGACACAACUGUUCUACUCAACAUGCUGACCUAACUGUGAUAGACUCUAGAGAAGAAAUGGAUUUUUUAAGACAACACAGAUGUAUUUUUGAUCUCUGGAUUGGGUUGGAGAUGACAGAAAAUCAAACAGGAACUUGGCUAAAUGGAGGAAUAUUUAACAAAUGGUUUGAUGUGAGAGGAAAUGAAAAAUGUGCUUACCUCAGUGAUGAUGGUGUAGCAACAGCCAGAUGCUACACAGAAAGAAAAUGGAUUUGCAGGAAAAAAAAAAGUACUACAUAAACAUUUCUGAUUAUUAUUUAUAA